AUGUUAUUGUUGGGAAAGCAGCUUCCAGUCUAAAGUUCAAAGUGUUCGUAAUGAUGAAUUAUCAUGGUUCCGCAAAGCAUCACUACUUGGAGCGUGUAAUGGAUUUAUACUAAACAGCAUUCCAGUUGUGGUGACUGUGGUUUCAUUUGGGCUGUUCACUAUGCUUGGGGGGGAUCUGACACCUGCAAGGGCAUUCACAUCUCUUUCACUCUUUGCUAUGCUUCAGUCCCCCCUGUUCAUGCUCCCUAAUAUUAUCACACAGGUUGUGAAUGCAAAUGUGUCAGUAAAGCGUCUGGAGGAGCUUUUCUUAGCUGAUGAGAGAGUUCUUCUACCAAACCCUCCCCUUGAUCCUCGACAACCAGCCAUUGAAAUAAAAAAUGGUUAUUUUUCAUGGGAUUCAAAGGCAGAGAGGCCCACAUUGUCCAUUGUCAAUUUGGAUAUACCAGUUGGUAGCCUUGUUGCUAUAGUUGGUAGUACAGGAGAAGGAAAGACCUCGCUUAUCUCAGCAAUGCUUGGGGAGCUCCCCCCUAU